AUGAGGCAAUUCACGGCAAUUGUAACGACAUCACUGCUGGUCUUUGCCUCACUCACACAAGCUGUUUAUGAUGGAUCUUGGAUGGGCGCAGGAUCUCUUCUUUACGCAGGACCCACGCUAGCACAACCAACCACAAUCACCAGCUCAAGUGGCUCCUUGUCAUUUACUCUAACAGUGGACUCGUAUGCCUUUAAUGGGUAUAUUAGCUUCAACACUCGAGCUUAUUACUAUAAUGGUGUUGGGUCUGUGCCUGGACCGACAUGGCAUGUAAAGCCUGGAGACACAGUAACGGUUACGUUGGUGAACAAUCUCGGCAGCAAUACUGAUGCUGGCAUUAUGAACACGCUCCGGUCUCCUAAUACCACGAACUUGCAUACACAUGGAAUGCAAAUCGACCCAAGUGUUGACAAUGUUUUCAUCACUGUCGCUCCCGGUGGAACCCACACCUACACUUAUGUCAUUCCGUCCGAUCAUCCAACGGGCUGCUUCUGGUAUCAUUCACACUACCACGGCAGCAGCGCCCUACAAGUCAUGGGCGGCCUCAUUGGCGCAAUCUAUGUCGACGCAGCCGAUACCUCCUCAGCUGCAUUAAACACUCUUGCAACAUACAGACGGAUUCUCAUGGUACUUCAGCACCUGUCCAUGAGUUCCAUAAACCCUUCCACAGACCCAUUCAAAGUCAAGACGUACGUCGAUCUCACCACAUCAGCUGGGUCGACAUUGCCAGUCGGCGCAACCUAUGUGAAUUCUUCUGUUCAAGACAUUUAUAUGGUUAACGGUCAGUUCCAGCCUACGUUCUCGGCUACCACUGGAGAACAAUUUAUUGUGGAUCUUGUUAAUGCUGUUGGUGAUCAUUACAUUGAGUUUGACAUUCGAGAGUCGAUUGGCGCUAGUAGUGUUACGACGCAUUGUGAUAUGUCGCAGAUUGCCAUUGAUUCGAUUUAUUUGUCAAGUAUGAGGAGCGUCAGUUACGUUGUGUUACCACCUGCUGGACGGACGUCGGUUAUCAUUACAUGCCGAGUAGGAGGCACAUACUACCUCCAAUCAUACCCCGACCUAGUCCUCCGCCCAGACGUUACCGCAAACGAAACCCGCUUCUACCAAAACCUCGCCACUCUAACAGUCACAGGAACAACCACAACCAGCACCCUCACCACAAUCUCAUUCUCUACAAUCCCAAGACCAAGCCACAUGUCUGACCUCCAAAGCACGACCGCCGCAAGUAAAUGGACGUUGGGUAUUGAUCAGACGGGAGCUGGGAACUAUGCGUGGUUGGGAAUUGGAUCUAAUUGCACGCUUGGAUCGUUUGGGAGAGCGACUGAGGAGACGACUAUCGACCAAACGUAUUGCCAGUAUGUGGCGUUUCCGGGCGAGCAGGGAACGUCGGGACAGUAUCGGCAUACCUCAAAGCUGGGGACUGUUGAAGAACUUGACAUCUGGGGUCGUGGUGGUAGUGCUCAUCCCAUCCACAUGCACGUCACUCAUCUCCAGAUUGUAUCCUUUUACGACGCUUCAACGCAAUCCUACAAUGCCGCAAACAAUCCAUACGUCAAAUACUAUGGCCAGCUCGGUGACUGGAGGGAUACAGUGCCUGCACUUCCUGGAAAGACAACGGUUCGGUACACGAUGACUCGAUAUACUGGUGAAAUCGUUGUGCAUUGCCAUUUCUUAGCUCAUGAAGACACCGGCAUGAUGAGCACAAUCUACGUCUCUCCAAACACUCAAGCAUGCACAUAUCCUUCUACAUGCUCUUCAAGUGGUGCAUACAGUAGAAUGAAAGCCUCCACGGUUCGUGAUGAAUUCAGGCGGCAUCGCGACGCCGCACCUGAAUACGUAGACAAAUUCAUACUCGAGUGGAAACAGUAUCGCGACAACCUCGCUCGAGAUCUCCCAUCCAUACACGCCGGCAUAGCAGCCACAAACGCGCAACCCGUCAAAAAUCUAGAUAAAGGAUUGCUAGAUAACAUGAGUGAUCAGCAGAUUGGACAGCUGUAUACACUACGAGAGACUGUGUCUGGACGCACGGUUAUAGACGAUGCGCUUAUAGGAGCUGCUGAUUCGAAAAAAGCGUGA